AAGGCUGCAUGGAGGAGGAUGGGACAGGUGACGUCGUGGAGCUACUGGACGAGGAGGAGGAAGCUGAGGAAGAUGUGGAGCGGGAUGUUGAACCUUCUACGGGGAGAGGAAACGUUCUGGGAAGAUGCAAUCAGCUCAAUGAUGUGAGUGUGUAUUAUAGGCGAGAUGAGGUAUGAAUGUAAGAGAGUAAUAAAGUUGUUCGAUGUGUUGA